UCGGUUGGGGGGGGGAGAGAGCGGCACCAGCACCACCGCACCAUGUCCCUUGAUAGCUCCGCCAUCAUGCGCGCAGGACUGGGCGCACGCGGAGGAGUCACGGGGGGGGCGCUGGGAGCCGGGAGAGGGGAGCAGUUCUGGGGGCGAUGGGUGGGGCAGUAGGUGGCCGGAGCCCGAGGACGCCUGAAGGGGAGGACGAGGCGACGAGGGUGCUGGAGAGGGAGUGGCAGAUGGGGUGGGAGCAGGAGAGGGACGAGGACGAGAGGGGGGUGCCUGGGCUGGUGGGAAUGGCUGGGGAGCAGUUGCCUGGUAGUGGCAGUGGCAGUGGCAGGGAGUAUUCCCCCCCGGUAGCAGUGGGGGGUACUCGCCUGCGGGAGGGAGGAGGGGGUCGCCUGGGGACGACAGGGAGCAGGCGGUUGCCACCCAGAAACGAACCUUUCUCUCUCAUUUGCAGCAGCAGCAGCAGAAUAACCUCCAGCAACAGCAGCAGCAUCAGCAGCUGAGUGCCUCUUUCACGGCUCAAGAUGCUGCGAUGGUGCAAAAGGGGCUGCUCAUCCAGCAACGCCUGGAUGCACUGGAGCAGCAGCAGCAGCAGCAGCAGCAGCAUAAUCACCUGCACCACCACCACCACCAACCCCAGCACCUCCAGCCGCAGCAGCAGCAGGGGUUAGCGGAUCCCGAGGCAACAGUCGAGGGGCGGCGGGGGUGGGUGGGGCCGAAGAGGCACACGGUGGGGAUGGAUGCAGUCUUCCGCGCGUUCAUCCUGGGGCAGCCGUACCAAGACAUUGGGGAGCAGUUUGAUGUUCGAAGGGACGAGGUGGUGGCCAUGGGGGAGUUCAGCGUGGUCAGGGUGUGCCGGGAGGGGACGACGGGGCUCAUGCUGGCGUGCAAGUCGAUCGAGAAGGACACCAUUAAUUCAGCGGAGGAGGCACGGGAUCUGAGGAGGGAGGUGGAGAUGAUGGAGCGCGUGGCGGGGCACAGCAAUGUCAUUCGCCUGCACGCCGUAUUCGAGGACCACCAGAACAUCCAUCUGGUGAUGGAGCUCUGUCGCGGGGGAGGCCUUUUUGACUAUAUGCGCACCAACGGCCCGCUCACGGAGCGGGCGGCGGCGUCCGUCUGCUUCCAGCUGCUGUCGGCGCUAGACCACUGCCACGAGUGUGGCGUGCUGCACCGCGAUGUGAAGCCCGAGAACGUGCUCCUCGCGAGGGGUGAAGGGGACUUUGGUAGCAUCAAGCUCAUCGAUUUCGGGAUUGCGUCCGAGCACCAGCCAGUGAGGGGCGAGGGGGACUUUGGUAGCAUCAAGCUCAUCGAUUUCGGGAUUGCGUCCGAGCACCAGCCAGGCGUCCGCAGUAGCACCCUGUGCGGCACUCCUCUCUAUCUCGCCCCAGAGACCCUCGAUGGGGUAUGGUCGCCACAGGCUGACGUGUGGGCAGCCGGCGUUGUCUCAUAUGCCGCCCUGUGCGGCGUGCCGCCCUUCUGGGCAGAAACCAAUGAGGGCAUCUUCCGAGCCAUCCGCUCGGAGCCUCUUCGUUUUGCCUCGGCAGCCUGGCUCGGUGUGUCCGAAGCUGCCAAGGAUCUGGUUCGGUCCAUGCUGGAUAAGAACCCACACCGGCGAAUCACAGCACUGCAAGCCCUAGGACAUAGAUGGUUCCAGGAGGUGUAGGCUACAACAGCAUGAACGAAAGAGGUAGUGUUAAACUGGUUUAUAGCCUUAGGCUGUAGCAAUGUUAAUUCAGUAGGUCUAAAAACCAGUCUAUUCAGAAACCACACAGAACUAAAUUAUAGAAAGUCCG